GGCCUCAACCUGUUAUCUCUUUGUAUGCUGAAUUGUUAAUUUCAACAAUGGCUGCAUUUCUCAGGCUCCACCUCCUCCUCUUCACUCUUUCUCUGGUUGCUAUCUCCACCAAUGCCCACAACAUCACCGCUAUGCUUGAGGGUUUCCCGGAAUACUCCCAGUUCAACAACUACCUCACUCAAACGAAGCUUGACGACGAAAUCAACAGUCGCCAAACAAUCACCGUCCUCGCUCUCAACAAUGGGGCUAUGUCUGCCCUUGCAGACAAACAUCCUCUUUCCGUCAUCAAGAAGGCCCUUAGCCUCCUCGUGGUUCUCGACUAUUACGACGGCGGAAAGCUUCACCAAAUCUCCAACGGCACCACCCUCACCACCACUCUUUACCAAACUACUGGGAAUGCCCCUGGAAAUCUAGGAUUCGUAAACAUCACCGAUCUCCAGGGCGGCAAGGUUGGAUUCGGUUCGGCUGCUCCGGGCUCCAAGCUUGAUUCCUCCUACACCAAAUCAGUUAAGCAAAUCCCGUACAACAUCUCCGUCCUCGAGAUCAGUGCACCGAUUAUCGCUCCGGGGUUACUAACGGCUCCGCCUCCGUCUGCGUCUGACUUGAACAUCACUGCCUUGCUGGAGAAAGCGGGAUGCAAAACGUUUGCUAGCUUGCUUGUCUCCAGUGGCGUGCUUAAGACCUACCAAUCGGCGCUCGACAAAGGUUUGACCAUUUUGGCACCGAAUGAUGAGGCGUUUAAGGCCGCCGGCGUCCCCGAUCUGAGCAAGCUAAGUAACGCCGAAGUGGUCUCGCUUCUAGAGUAUCACGCAUUGCCAACCUACACUCCUAAGGGGACACUGAAGACGGCCAAAGAUGCUAUUUCCACAUUGGCCACUAACGGUGCAGGAAAAUUCGAUCUGACCGCCACAUCGGCCGGUGACGAUGUGACGCUUCACACCGGAGUUGGCUCCUCGAGAGUUGCGGAUACAGUGCUUGACUCAGCACCUGUCUCCAUUCUCACCAUAGACAGCGUGUUGCUACCUGAGGAGCUAUUUGGCAAGUCUCCAUCUCCGGCACCUGCUCUGGAGCCCGUCAGUUCACCGUCUCCAUCUCCAGUUAAGGUCCCUACUCCUGCUCCGGUUUCCGAAGCACCAACUCCAUCGGCCGCUUCUCCACCUGCUCCACCGACGGGGACACCGGGAGGAGCACCUGCUGACGCGCCCGCAGGCUUAACGGAGAAUAGCACUGCGAAUAGCGCUGCAGUUCACGUGAGUGCUCCAGCGUUAUUCACUCUGCUUGUCACUCUCUCUGCAACUGUGGUUUCAUCAGUUUUCUUGUCCUGAAUCGUCAUUACGCCAGUGUUUUUAUUAUUAUUAUUAUUCUGGUGUUACUUUCAUUA